AUCAAGCCACAGUUUCCAACCCCUCUCACCUGGACCCAAACAGACUUGGUUUGUGACCUCCAUCACCGUAAAGAUGCCCAAAAGUCAGCAUUCUACGGACGCGCAGUUUGUGUGAGCGCGAGGGCGGGUGCGCGCAUCAUCUGACGUAGCGCCGUUCACGUCUCUCAGCGCUGCGCCGCUGUUGCGCUCAGUAUCUUCACCACAAAAUCAACCCAAACGUCAAGAUUGUUCACCGUGAUUUGACAUCCUGAUAUCUGGGAGCCGUAGACAUGACAUUUAUCGUCAAUAUGUUUUCCUUCUGUCAAGAAAACCUUUUCUUUAAUGUUCAUCACUCUCCGAAACCACGGAUUGGCAUUGGACGUGUCAACUAAAAUUCUCUGAAAACCCCAUUCUGUAAAUAUCCAAAUAUACACUGUCUUCGCCCACACUAGAAGACAAUGGACAGUCCACCUAAGCUUGCAGGGGAGACUCUUAUUGUCCACCACAUUCCGCUGGUUCACUGCCAGGUUUCUAGCUCACGGAAGUGCUGUGGUAGUUCAUUGAAAAGGAACAGUAAUCCUUUCAGCUGCCCAGAGAACCUGGGAUUGAGUCGGACGACCUCCCUACCUGAGAGAGAUAUUCUUCAGCGGGAGGCGCUGGUGUACAGCAGUCUCAUACAGACGUCAAGCAGCAGCCUCAGCUCUAGUGACACUUUUGGAGAUGGAGGGAUGAGAGGAGGAGAGAAACGAGGAAGAGGAGGGAGGGACGGGAGUAUGGCAAGUGACACGUCCUCUUUCACCUCAAGCAAUUCUGAAGAUCAUGCUCAAGGCCUACCGAUGAAGACACAUGAACGGCCGAGGCGCAACCCCUUUCUUCUCAACACUGAAGAUGAAGAUGAUGAGGAUGAAGACAAUCUAAAUGGAUAUUUGGAAGACUCCUCUUUUCACUUGCAUGGAAAUUUGCAUGAAAUCUCAAAUGCAAUGCUUUCAAAUGAAGACCUGCCACCUUUCCACCUACAUGACCUUGGGUUUACUGCUGAACCUUUUCUCUUGCAUGAGUCUACAGAAAAACAGUGGUGUUCUACAAAUGGACCAAGUCGGGAAGCAGAGAGUAGAGACCAUACAAUAGGUGGGACUUUUGAUUUGUCUACUCACAUGGAGGGCCUAAACCUGCUGAGAUUAGAUAGCCAGAGACGCCAUGGAAGCAGUGGUUCAACCCUUUCUAUGGACUGUGGUGAGCAAGAAUGGGGUGAGGAUGACGAUUAUGAAGACCAUUCCAUGCAGGGGGGAAGAGGCAGCUCAGAGUCUUCCAGUCUGGCAGCACCACACUGCUCGUGCUGUGGUCUUUCCCAACCAUACUCUGAACCUUUUCAGGAAUUUUCUGAGUGUCACCAGGGCUAUGGCAGUGAUUCCUCCUGCAAUAGCUCAGAUGGAGUGCUGGUUAACUUCAGCACGAUUUACAACAAGAUGAACAAUGUUGUCCCAGCUAAGCAGUCGCUCAAUAUCAACAGUUCCACUGAGCAAUCCUGUGCCUCAUCUGUGUCUGAGCUUGUUGGGAUGUGCGGGACAGAAUGUAGCAGUGGACGUGGGGCUUUCUACUUAGACUUGCACACCUCCCCAGUCGAACCCCCUCAGCAUGCUUUAACCACUCAAGAACAUGCAAACUCUUCCUCUAUAUCUCAGCAACAAGGUGCCACUAUGGAAGUAGAUGCCAACUGCAACUCAUACCACAACAUCCUUGGAAGUGAGGGACUGUCGUCUGCUGAAACCUCUGCCAAUGACCUCACGUCGUGUCUUCAAAGCCAAGCUCGCUUGGUUGUAGCAACACAGAAUUACUACAAGCUCGUGACAUGUGACCUUUCUUCCCAGUCCUCUCCCAGUCCUGUGGGAUCAUCGGUCACAAGCUGUUCAGAUGAGCACAGCAAAGGGAGUCCUACUCAACCAACAGAGUACUACUUAUUUCAGCAAAUGAAAGAGGAUGAAGAAGAGGAAGACACAGAACUGAAUGAAGAAAAUGACCCAACUGACAUUGACUCUAUUCAUGAGAAUGUAAUUGAGGGCCAGGUUUAUAUCAACAUCUCGCCACCUACAACAACCUAUAAUUCAAUCGUUUCGGGGAGCAGUCGACCUCGCUCUAGAAGCUACGAUCGAAACUUGGACAAGUCUCCAUCUCCUCGUCUAGGAUCCUUGGAGCGCAUGCUCAGCUGCCCUGUUCGCCUCAGUGAGAGUGCAGACCCAAGCCCGCCACUUCCACCGCGUGUUACUUCUUUUGCUGAAAUUGCAAGGAAUAAGAGAAGAACCGGAGGAUCACCAUCUCAGAGGAGUGGGAUUGAGGCCACAUCCACACACUCUCACUCCUCUGGAGAGUUCUCGCCCAUCUUGGAAGGCCUUCCCGAGGGUCAGAGCCACAGCUUGCCACCUCUGACUCGAUGUCAUAGUCAGGGGAGCUGUGAUUUGUCCUCCUCAUAUAGACCAUGGAGUACACCACUGCGAGAAUCUCCAGGGGGAAUGGGAAGACAGACUCGAUCCAAAGCAGAAGGUGGCCUGUCUAGCUCGACGGACUCCUCUUCAAUUGUAAUUCGCUAUAGCAAAGAUCAACGCCCAACCUCUUUACCUAUUCAGCCCUUCACUUUUCAGCAUCAGUUUGGGAAACCUCAGGCAAAGCCUAUACUUCCUCUUCUGGACGGAUACAUAAGCCAUAUGCAGAGUCGAGGGGCUGCAGCACCAGAAGGGGAUGAAGAUGACUCGGAAGAACACCACAGGCCAGCUCACGGCACCUCCAACACACCGACAACAGUGCGGCCAUCUCCACUGGGAAGCUAUUCACCAAUUCGGCUCCAAGGUGCAUCCACCUCUUCUGGAAAUUGCUCAACAUGCUCUCCGACUCCGAGUGGUCCACGGCCACCACGUUCCCUCUCUUGCCCCAUCUCUGCAGGUCUUCUGCCUCAGCACACCCCACCUGGAGUGGCCAUACGUACAGAGACUCCUAAACUUGCUCCAUUACCUCCCACACCACCUCCUGCUCCCCUGAUGAAGCAAAGUCCAUUGAUGCCUGCGUUGCCCACUAGAAAUCACUGCUUCCACCGGGGAAAUUUGCCAGUGCUUCCCAGCUCUGGUCUUAGUCCUCUUGGACAGUUGGAGCCUGCACCGCAGGAAGAACCAGUAAAGGUUUUACCAUCAUGCAUGACACAGCGACAGCCUAAUGUGCACCACCUCUCCCCGCAGGCACUCAAAUGGAGAGAGUACAGGCGCAAGAACCCUCUGGGUGUGGAGCGCUGUAAAGAUGGCCCUCAUUCUUUCUCUUGUUCUUUGGAAACCAAGAGACCUGGAACUCGUGUCAUGCGACGCAAUGUCUUUGAUUUCCCACCAACCAAUCAAGCACUCAGCUUCGGCAGGCUAAAUGGUCAGUCGUUGAGGCAGCUGCCACAGUGCUACAGCGACUUCCUGCCUGAUUACUUCUCUCAGACAGAGCGCCCUCCUGAGGAGUUCUGCUUAUCUCCUGAUGCUCAUACUGAUGAAUCCAUCUCUAUAGACCUGUUGCAGAAAAGAGGUUUGGUGAAAGCCAUCAACACUGCAGUUGAUCUGAUAGUUGCUCAUUUUGGCACCAGUCGGGAUGCGGGAGUUAAGGCCAAGUUGGGUAAUAGCUCAGUUAGUCCAAAUGUGGGUCACCUUAUUCUGAAGUACUUGUGUCCUGCCAUUCGUGAAAUACUGAAUGAUGGACUGAAAGCAUAUGUACUGGACCUAAUCAUUGGACAACGCAAAAACCAGCCCUGGAGUGUGGUUGAAGCCUCCACACAGCUUGGUCCUUCUACGCGAGUUUUGCACAGCCUGUUUUCUAAAGUGAGCCAGUAUUCUGAGCUGACUAAUCACAGCAUGAGACUCAAUGCCUUCAUCUUUGGCCUCCUAAACUUGCGAUCUCUGGAAUUCUGGUUCAAUCACAUUUAUACACAUGAAGACAUCAUAGCAGCACACUACCACCCAUGGGGUUUCCUACCGCUGUCUCAAGGAGCUUGCCAGCCCCUUUUUGAAGAGUUGAUGCUCUUGCUUCAGCCGCUGUCACUGCUGCCCUUUGACCUUGACCUGCUAUUUGAGCCACACCAGCUUCAGAAAGGAGAAGAACACCUGAGACGCAAAGAACAGCUGUGCUCUGCUCGCCAAAGCCUCGACCAAUCAGAUCGCUCCACUUUCCAGCUCAUGCGAGGCUGUGGAAUGUUGGAGUCACAGGGAGUGGGAAUGCUGCCUCAAAGAGAAAGCUUCGUGCUGAGAGAUGAGGAGUGCCGGUUUAGGACUGAGGGAGUGACAUUAAAAAUGAAACAAGAAUGGCAGAGGAGUGUGGGAGCAGAACGUGAGUUACGGAAUAAGGAGGAUGGAGUUGGCAAAGAGUGCUUGCGAAAGAGUGACACAGGACAGAUACAAGGUGGAGGGUGCUGUGCUGCCAGAAUGAAGGGAGUUGGAGAAGACAGUGAGAAGGACAAAAAGAGAGAAAAAGAUGGAGAUGGAUCUAAACAGAGAAACCGACAAGCUGGCUGGUGGUAUCAGCUGAUGCAAAGCUCACAGGUUUACAUUGACAACUCUGCCGAGGGGUCGAAAUUUGUGAAGUGGGAGAAGAGGAGGAAAGGAGGGGUUGAGAAUCACCGGCAGAGCCAUCCACCUCCUAGAGAAGGUGUUGUUGAAGGGGCCGAGGCCAUUCAGCAGAUGGAUGAACAGGUGGAACACGGUCGGACCAGUAGUAGCAAUAUUAAUAGCAUUGGCCGUGGGGUCCUCCACCAAUCAGCUUUGUCAGAACCCACAAAAGCCACAAAGGGAAAGCCAUCUUGGAUGGGAAGUCCACCGGAAUCAGUGCUUACUGAGCUGAAGAAGAGUAAGGAGAAGCAGCCAGAUCGCCAAGAUCCGAAUGAAGGGCUUCAGGCCCAGGCAGAAGCAGAGGAGGAUGGAUCGGCUCAAGUGCUCCGUUGGGGACGACUGUUUGGAGCUGGAAAUUCAAGCAAGAAAGAAAAUAUUGAACAGAAAUCAGUCAGGAAACAAAGAUUGCCUUCAGGUUGGUUGAGUAUCGACCAUUCUGUGUUGGAUCUGGUGGCUCAGUCUGUUGGAGUUCGGAAAAGAACGGAGCAACAAUCUUUUACGUCUCAAAGCCAAGAAUCCAAACUUGGCCCAACUGAACAAGCACAAACACAGACUCCCCCAACAAAGAGACUAGCCCCACGGGAAGUGAAGGCGUUAUGCCAUCAUAUUGCCACAGAGCCAGGCCAGCUCAGUUUCAAUAAAGGUGACGUUCUGCAGGUGCUCAGCAGGGCAGACUCUGAUUGGCUGUUGUGUGCUCUGGGCGAUAGCCAGGGGCUUGUUCCCAUCAUAUACGUCACCCUGAUUGAAGACAGUCAGGAGCGUUGAAACUCAUAGGCACCAUUACAAACUGCAGUGGGAUGCAUUGGGGAAUAAAGUGAAGGGUCACAGUUUUUGGAAUAUAAAAGCUGCUGCACAAGAAUUUGUUUUGUGCUCGCAUCUGUAUGUAAACACCAACACACCACUACUUACACACAAACACCACACUUUGCUGUUGUGAAAGCACCCUCUUUGUUUCAGUGAACAGCAAUGAGCCAACCAGUGAUUAGAAAGUGUAGAUCUAGUUACCGAGUAGUGAAAUCGUUUGCAACGAGCCAUCAGGUUUUGCAACUUAGCUUGUAAUCAUAAAUGUCAAUAGCCUUUUAAAAAGAACUAAAAACCAAAUGAAGUUGUUAGAUGACACCACAGGCACAUAUGCCUUGUCUUUAUUAAAUACUGUAUGAUUUUAUGUAAUCUAGAUGUUAACCAAUUCAAUGUGUUGCGACCAACAGUGUGUGCAUGUGCUCUUUAGAGGCCGUGCGUAACCCCGGUGGUCGUUUGUGAACAUCUCGUUCUGAAUAGUACAUCACUGAAUAACUUCUGAAUAGUACAUUCUGAAUAGUACAUCACUGAAUAACGGACGCCUCUGUUUUUAAGUCUACAGGACGCAAAGAUUGAAAAAGAUUCAAUAUUUGCUCAGCCUUAUGGGACAAGGGAAAUCUGCCAAUCUAGAUGCUUUUUUUCCCCCAACUUGUGCUGCUUUGACAGGUAAAUAGAUAAGCUAAUGCUAUCGCCACAAUCUUGCCCCUUCAUUUCAUGCUUUAUCCACCAAUAAGGGAUGAAUUACAGCAGGAUUGGCAGCAUGUAAUGCAGUGCACUACAAAUGUUCUUCUUUUAUUCCAUACUUGAUUUUAAAUGUGCUAUAUUCCUUCCUAUAACAGCCUUUGCACAAUCUGCAAGAGAUAUAGAAAGGGAACAUGUCUAAUAUUUGUUUGCAUUCAACUUUGUUGAUUUUUUUUUGGUUUAAGGAGUUAUUUAGGCCUAUAUUUAUUAAGAUAGAUCAUUGUGUAAAUGAAGGAUGUAUAGAUGGAAUUUAUAGAGUUUUAUGUAAGUUUUUGAUUAGCGAAAACAAUUUUAAUGGGAUUUGGUUGCAGAUCCCUUCCCCUUUAAUACAGUCGGUUAAUGAGAUUAUAUUCUCCAGCUAACAAUAUGAUCAUUUGUUUGAAUAUUAUCCACAAAUACGUUCAUCUGCCAUCUUUGCAGUAGAGGACAAAGAUUUUUAGACAAGGACAGUAAAUACCCUAUACAAUACUGUAGCAGUACCCUAUUGUGCUUUAAUUUAUGGCCAUUUGGUGUGCUAAAUUGAACUCAAGGAGAGGCCUUAUGGAAGGGAAUGUGGAUUAUGUAUUUUAUUAUAGCAUUAAAUUGUUAUUUCAGGACUUGAGGAUGAUGAGCAGUUAAAUGAUCUCUGGCCCUCAGUAUGACAUGAUAUGCUUUGAAGUAAUAUAAAUAACAUCAUAUUUUGAUUUGAUUAUUUCAAAUUGAUUUAUUUAGUAAUCAAUGUAUGAUUGUCAAAGUAUGUUUUGUUCAAACAGUUCUAUGAUUUUUUUAAUGAUUAUUUUCUAUUUAUGAAAUGCAUUAGUCAUUAUUUUGUGUGUUUGUAAUUGUAAAUAUGUUGCAUUUUGUUCUCGAAAAGGAAAAUUACAUUAUUGAGAUGACUUUGUUAUUAACAGCUUUUAACUCUUAACAGUUAAUAACAUACAAAUGUACAUUAUAUUGUUAUGGGAUGUCAUGAGUAGAAAUAAAAAACGCUCUCACCACAAAAAAGCCGCGCAAUCUAGAUUGUAGUGCUGCUGCUUUAGGUCAGUCUUGGUCACUCAAGGUUUGUCUGUCGGUCUUCCAAAUUCGCUUUGCUUCUCACUGAAGUCUACCCAGUAAAUAUUAAGGAAAGAGAGAGAGAUUGCUAGAGAAAUAGCUGUCUAGUGCCUUUUUGAACCAAUGUGUCUGCUAGUGGGAUUCAAAAGUGUCUCCUUACAAGUGGCUGUUGCUUUUUACUUCCGUAUGAGGCGGGAAUAAAAGAAACAAUGGCAUCAUAGCUUGUUUUCACUUUUCCUUGCGGAUUGUUAGAGGAUGAAUACUAAUGAAAGGGAAUAAGUCCUAUUUGGAUGUAUGAUGUUUGUGCAAUGUUCUCUCUCGCUCUCCCUCUCUCUCUCUGCUUUGAUCAAUCCGAUAUUUCUGGCCUGUAAAUACUGUAUGAUACCUGUAGCUCACCUGACUCUGCUGUUCCCUGUGUGACCAUGUUGUGCUCCUAUAAUUACCAUCAUGUAUGGAUAUCAAUAACAAAGUGCUCAUUUGAACACUGA